UCCUCCCUCCGGCCCUCAGCCGCACUUUCCCGCUCGAGCCGCCGCCGCCGCCGCCGCGCCCCGAGCACCUUGCGCCCCGGCACCCCGCGCCCCGGCACCCCGCGCUCCGCCAUGCCCAACAUCGUGCUCUUCAGCGGCAGCUCGCACCAGGACCUGUCCCAGCGCGUGGCCGACCGCCUGGGCCUGGAGCUGGGCAAGGUGGUCACCAAGAAAUUCAGCAACCAGGAGACCAGCGUGGAGAUCGGCGAGAGCGUGCGUGGGGAAGAUGUCUACAUCAUCCAGAGUGGCUGUGGCGAGAUCAACGACAACCUCAUGGAGCUGCUCAUCAUGAUCAACGCCUGCAAGAUCGCGUCCUCCUCCAGGGUGACCGCCGUCAUCCCCUGCUUCCCCUACGCCCGGCAAGAUAAGAAGGACAAGAGCCGUGCUCCCAUUUCUGCGAAACUCGUGGCCAACAUGCUCUCGGUGGCUGGGGCGGAUCACAUCAUCACCAUGGACCUGCAUGCGUCUCAGAUCCAGGGCUUCUUCGACAUUCCUGUGGAUAACCUGUAUGCGGAGCCCGCGGUCCUGCAGUGGAUUCGUGAGAACAUCAGCGAGUGGAGGAACUGCAUCAUUGUCUCCCCUGACGCGGGGGGAGCCAAAAGGGUGACAUCCAUCGCCGACAGACUGAAUGUGGAAUUUGCCCUGAUUCACAAGGAGAGGAAGAAGGCGAAUGAAGUGGACCGGAUGGUUCUGGUGGGGGAUGUGAAGGACCGAGUGGCCAUCCUUGUGGACGACAUGGCCGACACCUGUGGCACCAUCUGCCACGCUGCGGACAAGCUCCUCUCAGCCGGAGCCACCAAAGUGUACGCCAUCCUUACCCACGGCAUCUUCUCUGGGCCUGCGAUCUCCAGAAUAAACAACGCUGCCUUCGAGGCGGUGGUUGUCACUAACACAAUUCCGCAAGAGGACAAAAUGAAGCAGUGCUCCAAGAUUCAGGUCAUCGACAUUUCCAUGAUUUUGGCCGAGGCGAUCCGAAGAACUCACAACGGUGAAUCGGUGUCUUACCUGUUCAGCCACGUCCCACUAUAAGUCGGGGUUGAGCAGAGCCCGCCUGCUCUGGUCUCUCACUUCUUGUCUGAUUUGCUAGCUGUAAGGCUCGCCCUGGUAGGAUAAUGCGAGUGCAUUCGGUCUUUGUACUCUCCAUGGUUUUCCCUUUCUAAAGCUCCAGACUACUCCUUCCUGUUUGGGGGGGAGGGCUGUGGUGAUGUGAUCUCCUGAGGGGGCUGUCUUAAAUGAGAAGUGUUUUUUCUCAUCUUGACUUGUUUGAAUAGGUUUCCUGUCCCUUUGUUCUCUCAAUCUUUUGAGGCCACGACUUUGAAGUGCAUAGUUCCAAUGUAGUGGAAGUUCAUAGUUUAUAUAAAUCGAGGUUGAAGGUGACUUUAGAUGCACACCUGUGCAAAUAUAUAAUGAAAAUGCCUAUGGAUAUUUGGGUUAAACGUUGUAUAGAAAGAGCUCAUUAUUUCCUAGUGAACUUCAUCAAGUAUAUAACUAUGAGCUUUGAAUUAGUCUAAUAAUCAGGCUUCAAAUAAACCAUUUUGGUUAUUGUGCUUAACUUGGACCAAAUGUUAGAUAGCUUAAGAUGGCAAGUGACAACAUCUUUUGGUAAACAUUAGACUUAUCAGAGGUAAUAGAAUUCAUUUUUUUUAAUUAUCACUUUUGAAAAUAUAUACUUAGCAUUUCAACUGGACUGCUGUGUUUUAAAAAGACCAUAAUUAAGUUCAGUGAUAAAGCUGGCCUAGAAAUCAUUUUCCUGCCUGGGUAGAUAGCAUAAUAGUUACGCAAAGAAACUCUCAUGCCUGAGGCUCCGAAGUCCCAGGUUCAAUCCCCCGCACUACCAUAAGCCAGAGCUGAGCAGUGCUCUGGUUAAAUAAAAAUAAAAAGUAACGAAAGAAAGAAAGAAAUCAUUUCCCAAGAGGGUCUCCAAGCUCACUUUCUUCUUGAUGGUCUCUGUCCAUCCCAGAAGGCUAUCUGAACACUUGUGCUGUCAUCUUCUGUAUCUGUUUUCUGCUCUAGCUUUCACUGUAUUUCCGAUGAUUCCAUGCUGUAGAUGUGCAUCAAAGUAAAGGCUCCCCUAAAGUCUCACUGAGAUUUCACUUUUUCUAUAAAGGGGUGAGUUUUAGUUGCAUUCCACCCACUGUAUCUUUGAAAGUGGUUUUGUUCAUUUCAUGGGAUACUCCUUUGUCUUUUGUAAUCAGAAGUAGCAAGCCAUCCCGACAGCUAAUUAUCUUAACACAAACUGUUACAUGAACAACCAGGUGGUAAAGAGCCAUGAAGAGGGAGUGCAAAUGACCAAACGUUUGCUCCCUGAAGAUGAUGGUUGAAUUGUGACCUCAGAGCGUCCACUAGGGGACCCUUUACAACAUCUUUCUAGGCAAACAUUGAUUCUUAGUGGAUUUAUUUACAUACUGGUGGGUAACCAAUUGAAUUAUUUAGCCCUCGGAACUUGACUUCAAACUCAGAGUGUAGGAGUAACUAAUUACACCCCUCUGCUGCAUAUUCAAACUUGCAGAGAAUAGAUUCUCUGACCGAAAUUCUUCAUCUGGGAAAUCAGAUCUGUUUAAGACAUUAGCAAUGACUUGGACACCAGUCUUUUUAAGGAUGAUGUAGUCUUCACUGCUGCAGAAGCUGACGUUGGGAGGUACCAGUUGUUGCAGGAACCAGCGCAUUCCUGUACCUUAGAAUAGCCUGGAAGAAAAAAGCUAAGUGCAGUCCAGUAGAGCAGCUAUGUGGCACAAAAUGCCUUGGGGUGUAAAGGCCCUGUUUGGGUGCCACGUGACUUUGAUGUCUGGUAAGUGGGAUGGCUGUAUUCUUGGAAUUCGGAUGCUUAGAGAAAUACAUGUGCGGGCAUGUGGGCAUGUUGGCCUGAGGUGCAGAUAUGUCGACACAACGAAGGCCAGUUGAUUUAAAGGCAAUUGCUCACUGAAUAUUAAACUAAAACUAUAUAUAGUUCAGUUUUAAAAUACUGAUCUGGGGCCGGGUGGCGGCGCACCUGGUUGAGCACACUUGUUACAGCACACACAGGCCUGGUUCAAGCCCCAGGUCCCCACCUGCAGGGGGAAAGCUUUGUGAGUGGUGAAGCAGGGCAACAGGUAUCUCUCUUCCUAUCUCUUUCUUCCCACUUGAUUUCUGGCUGUCUCUAGCCAAUAAAUAAAGAUGAUUUAAAAAAAAUUUUAAAAAAGAAAAAUCUUUUAAAAAAUAAAAUACCGAUCUAAGAUACUGAGAUAUGAGAUAAAACUGAAUCUACCAAAGUUCAGUCUCCUACUUAAAAACUGUCUUAGUCAGCUCGCAGCUACUCCUGUUAACAUUUAGCUUUGUCAGAUGCGGUGCCAGCUAGGUUCCGGGAGAGAUCCGCUGCAGGGCCUGCAUUCCUUUAGCAGAGAUUUUAAGAUCCUCCGCCACUGUAGUUAAACAUGCCAAUAAAGUUGUGCUCCUCUCUGUC